UUGAAAUAUUUGGAGUUGAAAAUACAAAAAAAGCGAUUUUGAAAAUUCUAAAUGCAGAUGUAAAAUGCAAGGAUAUUCCGAAAUUUAUGACAGUAAUAACAAUUCGACAAGUUGUACGAGCAACCAAUCUAAAUGGCAGAUAACUUUGACUUCGAGAAAUUGCAUAAUUAAGAAAUAUUUCGAAGGUUGGCAGGUCUAUCCGAACAACGCAAGCGACGCGGAAAAAGAUUUGCGAUUAACUCUAACAAUACCGAAAGUGAGCGACAAUUCGCAAUGCGCGAAAACCACGAGAAAAAUCAAAACGGCGGACGCCGAGAUUUGCUGCAAUCGCGAGGACCUGCAAGAAUUGUUUGGAAUAAGUGACGAGAGAGACGAGAAAGAAAGUGGAAACAUAAAAUUAACCGAAUAUCUGAAAUUAAUGACGAACGACAAGAUCAGAAUCAACUUUUUGCUCACGGUCUUGACAAAGGCCGUGAGAGAGCACAAAUGUUACGUAAUUUGCGGUACAUUUCCGAUUCUGAGAAAACCGUUGGCUGAUAGAGGCUGGGUCGAAAAGAAGUCGGUUAGAAAAAUGAUCUCGCUGAGUCCCGACGUGUUCCAAGAUGGCUUGGAACAAAUCGAAAAAUUGUUACGAACUCCUCCGAAUCUCAUAUGGUUUACGAAUAAGAAGUUUUGCGCAAGAACAGACGACGAGAAAAUCAUAGUGAAUAAAUUUGUCGGGAGUUACUUCACUUCGAAGAUCGAUUUGUGUAACAAUCUUGGAAAUCCCCACUGGUUUUACGAAGACGGAGUAUCAAACAUACAAUUUCCCCGAUGCUACGUUACGCAUCAAUCAGCGCAAAUGGAAGAGUUCAUGCAGGAAUAUUACAUCACUGCAUGCUUUGGAAUAUUAAAAUGGUUCUUACUGCUUGCCGAUUUAGUAGGACCGAAAAAUAUCUGGUCCCCGAACGGGACAAUUCCGAUAAUCGCAAUUUCAUUCGCUCUGGAACGCUGCGUCGAAUAUGUAAGCAUUCAAACGCACGAGGAUAUAGACCGCGACGACUACGAGGACGCGUCUCCGUCCGCUUGGCGUCGACACUUGAACUGGUUCCACAAACUUAUAAACAAACGUGUCUUGCUGCAAGAAAGUGACAAAGUUGAUAUAAACGAGCUCGUAAUAUUUGUUCGCACUGUGCUAAAGGAAAUGAUAAAAUAUCGGCCGCAAAGCAGGAUCGACGGUAUGCGCAAUAUUUGGAUUUUGAAACCGGGCAACGACAGUUUGGGGCGCGGAAUAGUCUUGAAGAAUUCUCUGAGCGAUAUUCUCGUUAAAAUAAAUCAAGCGGCGAAAGAAAAUGUCGUAUACGUUGUGCAAAAAUACAUAGAGCGACCAUUUCUUGUUCACAAUACAAAAAUCGACAUCAGACAGUGGUUUCUGAUAACGUGUACGCAACCUCUUGUUGUGUGGAUGUAUAAGGACAUCCUGAUACGAUUCGCGUCGCGAUAUUUCACUCUUAACAAUUUUCACGAGUCUAUUCACUUGUGCAACACAACAGUACAGUUGAAAUAUCGAAACUUACCGAGAUGCAAUUCCGCUCUGCCCAAGGAACUUCACUGGAAUCUGAAAGACUUCAAAAAUUAUCUUCGGUCGCGCGGUCAAGAGUCGGCUUGGGAAAACGUCAUUCGGCCGCAAAUAAAGCAGAAUCUCAUCGGAGCGCUUCUGGCGUCGCAAGACAAUAUGGUGAAUCGUAAAAAGAGCUUUCAGUUGUACGGCGCCGAUUUCGUAGUCGCGGACGAUUUUUCGGUGUGGCUGUUGGAAAUAAACAUGAAUCCACGACUUUAUCCGCCGAGUAGUAAAGUUACCGCAAAAUUAUAUCCGGAAGUGAUAGAAGACGCUAUGAAAGUGGUGCUAGAUCGAUGUAAGAAUAAAAGAUUGUCUCACGGCGGAUUCGAGUGCAUUUACAAGCAGCGCAGUCCGUUUCACGGUGUCAAUCUUUUGGGACAGGCUACGGGUCUCGGUAUUCGUGGAAAAGGUUUAUUCGCGACACCGAAAUCACCGCAAAAAUCUCUGACGUACUACGAUCACAUGAAGUAACAACGUCGAAAUUCAAUUCUACCUAUUUCGCAAAGAGGAAUCAUUUCAAUCACGACCCGUCUCGUUUCUAAUGCUAGCAAUUUCAUAUUAGCAUAUAAACAAAGCGUCGCGAAACGUACAUACACGUUUGAAAAAGCACUUUUGCACUUUUUCAAGAUCACUGAAUAAAUAAUCCAAGAUCCGCAGCAAUUUAUUAAAAACAUGUUUAUAUUUUACAAAUAACAAUAUUGUAAGUAUAUAUCCUAUAUAUAGAUAACUGUUUUGUGAAAAAAACAAUUAUGUGUAUAUUAUAGAAUUAACGUGUGUGGAAACUAUGACUCGUCUGUAAACAUUCGCAAAUUAUUCACGUACAAAAUUACUAUUUCGUAAUUUUGUUAAUCGCUAUUUAAAUCGUUCCUUCUUGUUUUUUUAUUUUGUAUCGCAAAAAAAACAUCCGAUUGAUCUGUGAUUUUAUUAUUAUAUAAAAUUUUGUUUUGCAAAAAAUAAAUUUUUGAUUUUUUUCUAUUGCAUUUUUUAAACUUGUGAAUGCUGUGUCAUUAAAUAACAAUGAGAUUUGUUGCACUUUUUUUUUUGUUAUCAUUGAUACACGAUUUCGUAACAUUUACACACAUGAUUUCAGAGAUACGCAAUUAAACAAAAAAGGAUAAUGAUGAUUUAUGUUUUUCUGUAAAAAUCACGUUCGGCAAAUUUGACAAUUAGAAAAGAUAUAAACGUAUUAUUACAACGCGUGAUGAUUCAAUAUGUUUUUGCAAUUGAUUUGUUUCGCUGAAAUAAAAUUUUAAAUGAUAAUUUUUAAGAAGAUAAUGAAGAAGGAUCUAUAAUUGUAUAUAAACAACAUGUAUGUAAUCAUGGAAAAAAAAAAAAUUAUGGAACACAUCUAAAUCGAUUGGAGCAACAUAAUUUACAUCAGAAGAAGCGAAAAAUCGAAUACUCGAAAGGGCGAUUUAAAAUGUGACGUACAAACAACAUCAAGUGUUUUGCGCGCAAACCUGAUUAAAACUUGAUCACAAAAAUUGUAAACUUUAUAAUAUUCACUCAUUCUGAUGUAAAUCUGUGCGAUCUCACGUGAUGUUUCACUUGCAUUCGUGUUGAAACCAAACAAGAAGAGAAUUGAUUAUUCAAUUCAGAUGCGAUCAACAUCGAUCAAAUAGAAGAAUUCAAUCUUGUCUGAUUUCAACAAGUGCCUUGACUAUAUUAGAAUGAGCUUUGGGGUCCUAUGUUACUGCACUUUGUUUUUAUCUUGUCAAGUACAAAGGCUGACAAGAU